AUGGAUCGUUACACUCAUUCACCGAAUGAUUUUUCCGCAGGUUAUGGAAUUCCGUUUGUUAAUGAUUCCACUGCUUUUUAUCGAUCUACCCCAAAACAUAAUCCACUAACCAAACAAGUUAAUCAAUUGGCAUAUGAAAUACCGCACAGUAAAUAUGCAAAGAAUCCAUGGAGUUGUGCACCGGAAUUUCUCAAAGUAUUUGGUGAUAUUUGCGCACAUAUUGGACAACAAGCAUGCUUUGAUUGUAUUUUACUUGGCUCACCACGACCACGAGUAUGUUGGUUGUUUAACAACGAAAAAAUGAAAUUUGAUGAUGUUCAAGUCGAUGAUACGGCUGAUUUAUGUCGUUUAACGAUACCUGUCAUUCAGUGUUAUCAUUACGGUACUUAUACGGUAUUAUGUGAAAAUGAAGUUGGCCGAGCGAUAGCUUCUGCUAAUCUUUUGCCUAUUUAUAAUUAA